AUGGGUUUGAGAUAUAAAGCAGGGUUAUUUCUCAUAGGUACUGUUGUUAUCAUAUGGGUUACCUCUGCUGAAGUUACACAGAAUAUUUAUGCAGAUUAUAAGCAGCCAUUUGCGGUGACAUAUCUCGGAGCUUCUCUCAUGAAAGCAGCGGGGACGAGUUUCCUUGAUAUAGAUCUUUCAAGUCUUGCAGAGAUAGCGCCAUUGGUGGCUAAAUAUAAUGAAACUGGUGUGGCAAAGCAAGAAAAAGAACUCACUGCAAAAGAAAUCGCUACUUAUGGAUUUUACAUUGCACCUAUCUGGUUUGUAACAGAGUAUCUAUCUAAUGCCGCACUUGCCCGUACAAGUGUCGCGAGUACAACACAUGGCCGGGGGUUGCCAUGA